CAACAUUAUAAAAUAAGAAAUGCCUUGUCCGUUCUUGAAAUGUCUGCCGUCUACUUAUGUUCACAAUUAUUGUGACUUACUUAAGGUCUUCUGGAGCCACUGUCCCGUGAUGUCACGUUUGGUGUUUGGUAAUAGUCGCAACAUUACAACACAAAGUUCCGUGGCAUUUGCAACGAAAUGUCCUUCUCUUGAUGACAUAAGGGAGGUGCGUCAGAAAACUCAAGAAGAUGACAUAGAACAUCCAGAUGAAGCUGCCAUUGGUGAGGAAAGAAAGCAGCGAAGUGACAUUAAGAAUUCUCCUGAAAAGUCUCCAAUGAAACAAGACAUCGGUAGUAAAUUUAACUACGAAGAUUUCUUUCACGAUCAGAUAAUACGAAAGAAGCGAGACCACUCCUACAGGGUGUUCAAGAAGGUGUCUCGACUGGCUGAACAAUUUCCAUUGGCACUCGAGCACAGCUGGGGUGAGAAACCAGUGACCGUUUGGUGUUCCAACGACUACUUGGGCAUGUCUUGCCAUCCCACUGUGAAACAAGCAGUCAGAGACGCCGUUGAUAACUACGGCUCAGGAGCCGGAGGAACUAGGAACAUUUCUGGAAAUUCAUUGUUGAUAGAGAAUCUUGAACAAGAUCUCGCACAAUGGCAUCAAAAAGAAUCUGCUCUUUUGUUUACAUCGUGUUUUGUAGCGAACGAUUCAACGUUGUUCACCUUAGCUAGAGCUUUACCAGGGUGUCAUGUAUUCUCAGACGAAGGAAAUCACGCCUCUAUGAUCCAAGGUAUCCGAAAUAGUAGAGUUCCAAAGCACAUUUUUCGCCAUAAUGAUCCAAAGCAUUUGGCUGAACUUCUCUCCACAGUGGACAAAAGCGUUCCCAAGAUUGUCGCGUUUGAAACCGUCCAUUCUAUGAGUGGGUCAGUAUGUCCUGUUGAACAACUCUGCCAGAUAGCUCAUGGGUUUGGAGCCUUGACAUUCGUGGACGAAGUUCAUGCUGUAGGGCUCUACGGCCAUACAGGAGCAGGUAUUGGUGAAAGAGAUGGUGUUUUAGAGAAAAUGGACGUAAUUUCCGGAACUUUGGGCAAAGCGGUUGGAAACGUCGGAGGAUACAUAGAUAGCACUAGCAGGCUUGUCGACAUGGUUCGUAGUUACGCUGCUGGGUUCAUCUUUACCACAUCACUUCCUCCUACCGUAGUGGCAGGUGCAAUGGCAGCGAUAUCCGUCAUUCGUGGACCAGAGGGUCGCAGCCUGCGUCUUAGACAUCAGGAUAACGUGGCUUUCAUGAAGACCAGACUGAUUGAAUGUGGUUUCCCAAUUGAUCAUACUUCUUCACACAUCAUCCCCAUAAAGGUUGGAGACCCAGCUCGGUGCACGGCUUUGUCAGAUCUUCUAAUGCAGAGAGGACACUACGUUCAAGCCAUCAACUACCCCACUGUGAGGUUAGGGGAGGAAAGGCUACGACUAGUUCCAACACCGCAUCACUCUCAACAGAUGAUGGAAUCUUUUGUGCAAGACCUCGUUGAAAUCUGGAACGAUCUUAAACUACCUCUUGUCCCAGUUAGAAGUAUGGUUUAGGUUUCAAACUAGCUUUCUUCAAAAUUGCAAACUAUGUUAUUUCUUAAUUUCCCAAACUUUCCUGAUAUGUGCUUUGGACGUGUACCGUUCAAUUUAUGAAUCGUGAUAUGGUAGUCUAUAAUAAGUAUAAUUAUGUAGUUUUUCCCCAUUUAAUU